AAAAAAAAAUGAUCCGGCUAAAAAUAGUUUGCCGGCUGAAAAAAAAAAUAAGAAUAUCUAUCCGGCUAAAACAUGCCGCGUACUGAAUCCGCUCGAUGUUCGAUCGAUCGAGCCGGCUGCGCCGGUGCCCGCUGGGCGGGCUGUCCUUAACCCGGCUGGGGCUGGGUCUGUUUGGUUGGUCGCUCGACUCCGCUCGUACCGGUUCCGCCUGUCCAGGCCGGCUGGGAAUGGGAUGAGUGGAGCCUGCACCGACUGAACCAGCCCGAGCGCGUUUGGUCGCCCGUCCGGCUGAACCUGAGCAGCCGGAAUCUGCAUCGACUCGUACAUCUGCAGCGUGUUUGGUAGCUUGGCCGGCUGGAGUUAAGCCGGCUGAGGCCAUCAGCCAUCGACACUUCCCCGCGCGCGUGAAUCGGCCACCCCGAGAGACACUCGGGGGUUGUCUCCCUCUCACACCUGCUGCGCCUUUGCCCUCUUCCGGCUGCCAGCUGCGCCCCUCAGCGCCACCCGCAGCGCGUUUGGUAGCUUGGCCGGCUAGAGCCAAGCCAGCUGAGGCCACUAGCCACUCCCUCGCCUCUACGGCUUCAACAACUCGUCAUCACUAUCGAGAUCAACCCUACAGCGAAAACGAAAUGUAAGUAUCGUUGAGUAACUCUCCGCACCGCUGCUCAGCCGGGUAACCCGAGUUACACUCGGGGGCUACCCCCUCUUCCGCCGCACUUCGCUGCUUAACCCCGGACCGACUCAACUCGUCCCGGGGGCUCGCCGGUUGGUCCAAAAUGCUCUAUCCCACAGACGGCUUAGUAGUGUGUACGGUACCAAAGGCCCACUCUUCGACUCAGCUGUUGUCCGCAACCCAGCUUCAUGGCUAGCAAGAGCAAAAGCUGGAGGUCGCCUCACAUGAACAACGUCCAAAGAGAGAUCACCUUGGGCAUCCCGGCCUUCGCCGAUGUAGCUCGAAUGAGUCCGCCCCUCAAAGUCUAAGUACUGUGCGCUCCACUUUGCGGCCCACUCUUGACCUAGCUACAGACCGCAACCCGGCUGUAUGGCUGGCAAGAGAAAAAGCCAAAGAGCGGGGGGGACAUGAAAAUGACUCCAGGGGGCUCGGACGAAACCGAGCCAACAUCCCUCUACAUAAAGCUAGCACUGCUAAGGCUGCAUAUAUUAUAUGUCUUUACUGACUAACUUUGUCUCUUAUAUGACUAUCUCCGAUGGACUCCAUCGAGUUGGCGGUCCUCAGCGACCACUUCCGGGUGCUCUUCAGCACGAGCCGGCGGACACCGAGUCCACCUUGCCAGCGGCCCAGAGCCUUCGAGCUGGCGGUCCUCAGCGACCACUUCCGGGUGCUCUUCAGCACGAGCCGGCGGACACCUCGUCCGGCUGCGCCUUGUCCGGCUGCGACCUCGCCGCCUCGUCCGGCUGCGCCUUCGUCGCCUCGCCCGGCCGCGCCUUCGCCGCCUCGUCCGGCCGCGCCUUCGCCGCCUCGUCCGGCUGCGCCUUCGUCAUCUCGUCCGGCUGCGCCUUGUCCGGCUGCGACUUUGUCGCCUCGUCCGGCUGCGCCUUCGUCGCCUCGUCCGGCUGCGCCUUCGCCGCCUCGUCCGGCUGCGCCUUCGCGCCUCUUCCGGCCGCGCCUUCGUCCCACAAGUUGGGGGACCCGGCUGUCAAUGACCCAAAGUCAGGAAAGGCCGAGCCAGAGAAUCCCCUUCGGGUAGAGCGGGCUGCGGCUCUUCUCGCUGACCGUGAACAUUUGAUAGAGUGCAGUAUGAACGCGCGCUAG